GACAAUCCAGGCCAUGAAGAAUUUGAUGCACUUGUAUUUAUGUUAAUUAUUAUUUUAAUAGUUGCACUUCAAGUUGGUUUAUUUAUAUGGAAAACAAACUAUUCAAAAUCAUUUAUAAAAGUCACUUUAGUUGGUCUUUGGGUAUUCCCAAUUUUAUAUUCUAUUUAUUCAGGUUUCAUUAGAUUCAUUAUAUUUUCGAUAAUAUUUAGCAGUAUGUUGGGAUAUCUAUUCUACAUUUCAACAAGACAACCACUUUCUAGAAAAACACCAAAAAUCAUUUUCAUGUGGUUCUAUUCACUCUAUUUAAUUAGCUUUAUAGUUUCAAUUUUAACUGGUUUCGCCAUAGUGUUAUAUGCAUUUGGUCUAAAAGUACUUCAAUUCGAUUCAAUUUUAACCAUAUUGUUUUAUUCAUUAUAUAUUGGUUUACUUGGUAGAGAUGUUGCCGAAGUUUGUUCUGAUAGAAUUGCUAUAGUUUUAGGUUUGGGUGGUUCAACAUUACCAUUCACAAAAAUUCCUGAUAACUAUUGUGCUAUCUGUUCAACAAACUUAAAACCAGUAGGAAGCGAUGCAUCAAAUAAGAGUUUAUUAAUUAGCGAUAUUACAGAAAAUAAAGAAAACAGCACCACAAAUAAAAAAGAUGAAAGCGAAAAAAUCGAAAAAAGAUUAGAUAAAAUAAUGAAUGCAAUUUUUAGCGAAAAACCAAAAAAACUUUCAUGUGGCCAUAUGUUUCACGAAUGGUGUAUCAGAGGUUGGCUUUUGGUGGGAAAAAAAAAUUCUUGUCCUCAUUGUAAUGAAAAAGUUGACAUCAAAACAACUUCAGAGAAUCCAUGGCAAAGUAAUUCAGGAAUAUGGGCAACUUUAUUAGACUCCAUUAGACAUCUAAUUGUAUGGAACCCAAUUUUAUUAUUUAUUGCUAAACUCAUCAUAGAUUUUUCACAUUAUUUUGUUUAA